AUGAGCACCAUGCGCCUGCUGACACUAGCCCUGCUUUUCUCCUGCUCCUUCGCCCGUGCCGCCUGCGACCCCAAGAUCGUCAACAUCGGCGCGGUGCUGAGCACGCGGAAGCACGAGCAGGUGUUCCGCGAGGCCGUGAACCAGGCCAACAAGCGGCAUGGCUCCUGGAAGAUCCAGCUCAAUGCCACCUCCGUCACCCACAAGCCCAACGCCAUCCAGAUGGCCCUGUCGGUGUGCGAGGACCUCAUCUCCAGCCAGGUCUACGCAAUCCUCGUCAGUCACCCGCCCACCCCCAAUGACCACUUCACACCCACCCCCGUCUCCUACACAGCUGGCUUCUACCGCAUCCCUGUCCUGGGGCUGACCACCCGCAUGUCCAUCUACUCAGACAAGAGCAUCCACCUGAGCUUCCUGCGCACCGUGCCGCCCUACUCCCACCAGUCGAGCGUCUGGUUCGAGAUGAUGCGCGUCUACAGCUGGAACCACAUCAUCCUUCUGGUCAGCGACGACCACGAGGGCCGCGCGGCACAGAAGCGCCUGGAGACGCUGCUGGAGGAGCGGGAGUCCAAGAGUAAAAAAAGGAACUAUGAAAACCUCGACCAACUGUCCUAUGACAACAAGCGCGGACCCAAGGCUGAGAAGGUGCUGCAGUUCGACCCGGGGACCAAGAAUGUGACGGCCCUGCUGAUGGAGGCGCGGGAGCUGGAGGCCCGGGUGAUCAUCCUCUCUGCCAGCGAGGACGACGCCGCCACCGUGUACCGCGCAGCCGCGAUGCUGAACAUGACGGGCUCGGGGUACGUGUGGCUGGUGGGGGAGCGCGAGAUCUCGGGGAACGCGCUGCGCUACGCCCCGGACGGCAUCAUCGGGCUGCAGCUCAUCAACGGCAAGAACGAGUCGGCCCACAUCAGCGACGCGGUGGGCGUGGUGGCCCAGGCCGUGCACGAGCUCCUGGAGAAGGAGAACAUCACGGACCCGCCGCGGGGCUGCGUGGUGCUGAUGUCCUCCAAGUACGCGGACGGGGUGACCGGCCGUGUGGAGUUCAAUGAGGACGGGGACCGUAAGUUUGCCAACUACAGCAUCAUGAACCUGCAGAACCGCAAGCUGGUGCAAGUGGGCAUCUACAAUGGCACCCACGUCAUCCCCAAUGACAGGAAGAUCAUCUGGCCAGGCGGAGAGACAGAGAAGCCCCGAGGGUACCAGAUGUCCACCAGGCUGAAGAUCGUGACGAUCCACCAGGAGCCCUUCGUGUAUGUCAAGCCCACGCUGAGUGAUGGCACGUGCAAGGAGGAGUUCACGGUCAACGGGGACCCCGUCAAGAAAGUGAUCUGCACCGGGCCCAACGACACGUCUCCGGGCAGCGCCCGCCACACGGUGCCUCAGUGCUGCUACGGCUUCUGCAUCGACCUGCUUAUCAAACUGGCGCGGACCAUGAACUUCACGUACGAGGUGCACUUGGUGGCCGAUGGCAAGUUCGGCACGCAGGAGCGGGUGAACAACAGCAAUAAGAAGGAGUGGAACGGGAUGAUGGGCGAGCUGCUCAGCGGUCAGGCGGACAUGAUCGUGGCGCCGCUGACCAUUAACAACGAACGCGCACAGUACAUCGAGUUCUCCAAGCCCUUCAAGUACCAGGGCCUGACCAUUCUGGUCAAGAAGGAGAUCCCCCGGAGUACGCUGGACUCGUUCAUGCAGCCCUUCCAGAGCACUCUGUGGCUGCUGGUGGGGCUGUCGGUGCACGUGGUGGCCGUGAUGUUGUACCUGCUGGACCGCUUCAGCCCCUUCGGCCGGUUCAAGGUGAACAGCGAGGAGGAGGAGGAGGACGCGCUGACACUGUCUUCGGCCAUGUGGUUCUCCUGGGGUGUCCUGCUCAACUCCGGCAUCGGAGAAGGCGCCCCCCGCAGCUUCUCGGCGCGCAUCCUGGGCAUGGUGUGGGCCGGCUUCGCCAUGAUCAUCGUGGCCUCCUACACCGCCAACCUGGCGGCCUUCCUGGUGCUGGACCGGCCCGAGGAGCGCAUCACCGGCAUCAACGAUCCGCGGCUGAGGAACCCCUCGGACAAGUUCAUCUAUGCGACGGUGAAGCAGAGUUCGGUGGACAUCUACUUCCGGCGGCAGGUGGAACUGAGCACCAUGUACCGGCAUAUGGAGAAGCACAACUACGAGAGCGCGGCCGAGGCCAUCCAGGCCGUGCGGGACAACAAACUGCACGCCUUCAUUUGGGACUCGGCGGUACUGGAGUUUGAGGCCUCGCAGAAGUGCGACCUGGUGACCACAGGCGAGCUGUUCUUCCGCUCUGGCUUCGGCAUCGGUAUGCGCAAGGACAGCCCCUGGAAGCAGAACGUCUCCCUGUCCAUCCUCAAGUCCCAUGAGAACGGCUUCAUGGAGGACCUGGACAAGACCUGGGUGCGGUACCAGGAGUGUGACUCACGCAGCAAUGCCCCUGCUACUCUUACCUUUGAGAACAUGGCAGGGGUCUUCAUGCUGGUGGCUGGAGGCAUUGUGGCUGGCAUCUUCCUGAUCUUCAUCGAGAUUGCCUACAAGCGGCACAAGGACGCUCGCCGGAAGCAGAUGCAGCUGGCCUUUGCAGCGGUGAACGUGUGGCGGAAGAACCUGCAGGAUAGAAAGAGUGGUAGAGCAGAGCCCGACCCUAAAAAGAAAGCCACAUUUAGGGCUAUCACCUCCACCCUGGCUUCCAGCUUCAAGAGACGUAGGUCCUCCAAAGACACGCAGUACCAUCCCACUGAUAGCCCGGGCCCGCUCAACCUCUCAGAUCCCUCGGUCAGCACCGUGGUGUGAGGCCCCCGGAGGCGCCCACCUGCCCAGUUAGCCCGGCCAAGGACACUGAUGGUCCUGCUGCUCGGGAAGGCCCGAGGGAAGUCCACCUGCCCGAGACUGCCCACCCUGGGCCGCCCGCCCAUCCAUCUGCCCUGCUGCCUGGCGGGCAGCUCCUGCCCUGCUGGACCGAGGCAUGGACCAGAGCGGCCGAGGACGGGCCAGAGCUGAGGUGGCUGGGCAGGGCCGCAGGGCGCUCCGGCAGAGGCAGGGCCUGGGGUCUCUGAGCAGUGGAGAGAGGGGCUGGAAGCAGAGACUGAAGCCCCAUCCUCCCACGGCCCCCACAAGAGCCACAGUGGGGGCUUGUGGCCCCAGCUGGCUGGGUCACCUCCUGCUGCAGCGCCCGCGGCCCACUCCGCACAGCCUC